CAGGCUAUAAAGUGGGGGCCUGGCUGCGCCCCCAAACACAAGCCCGCUCACUCCAACAAGAACCAGCAGCUGCCCAGACUUGAGCCCAACACCGCGAUGUCUGAGACCACAAAACCCGCUGCUCCCGGCCAGGCUGCAGAGGAGGAGAAGGCGGCUCCUGCUCCAGCUCCAUCCCUCGACCCUGCUCCCAUCGCUAACAGCAAGGGCGAGGAGCCCUCCACAGAACCCUUCAGGAUCAUCAUCUUUGAGCAGGAGAACUUCCAGGGCAGGCAGAUGGAGUUCACCACCGAGUGCAUGAACCUGGCGGACCGCGGCUUCGACCGGGUGCGCAGCGUCAUCGUCACCUCUGGACCGUGGGUGGCCUACGAGCAGGCCAACAUGCGCGGGGAGAUGUUCAUCCUGGAGAAGGGGGAAUACCCUCGCUGGGACACCUGGUCCAGCAGCUACCGGAGCGACUGCUUCAUGUCCAUGCGCCCCAUCAAAAUGGAGGCAGAGGACCACAAAAUCUCCCUGUAUGAGUCUGCUGACUUCAAGGGCAACAAGAUGGAGAUCCAGGAGGAUGACGUGCCCAGCCUCUGGGCGUAUGGCUUCUGUGACCGUGUGGGCAGCGUGCAGGUCCCCAGUGGAACCUGGGUCGGGUACCAGUACCCCGGCUACCGGGGCUACCAGUACCUGUUUGAGACCGGAGACUUCCGACACUGGAACGAGUGGUCGGCCUUCCAGCCGCAGAUCCAGUCCAUCCGCCGCAUCCGGGACAUGCAGUGGGACCAGAAGGGCACCUUUGUCACCCCCGAUGUGCCCUCUGACUGAGCGGGCACCGGGCACCAACGGGUCCCGGGACGGGAUCUUCCUUCCGUGCGCAUGGCACAUUCCCGGGAUGUACCUGACCUUGUGAGGCAAUUAAAAACCCCAGAAGA